CAACAUCCGCCCGCUUCCCCUCCUCAUGGCGAACACACCUUUCCUGCUAGAAACCAGAUUCAAUUUCAACCCUUUGCUCCAACAGACCUUCCGUUUGUCCCCACUUCGUUCUUUCCCAACCAAAUUGUCGUCUGGAAAUAAUCAUUCUUUCAAACUGAACUACACUCCUUACAAGGGAAUCAAAUAUUCCUCCAAGUUGAGCAUUAAAUGCCUCAUGAGCGCUAAGCCCGAAGGAGAAACUGGAAUUGGUGGAAAUACAUACCCGGAUGAUAACGAUUUGAAAGCAGUUGCUAUUAGCAGCGGUAUAAAUAUAAACGAAGUGCUUUGUAGAUCAAUGCAAUACGUCCUGACAGCCUUACAAUUUCCCGUCAUAACUGGAGUUUUAUUGGGUUUGUUAUUUCUGUACGAUCAUCAGUUUGCGUUUGCUGCUUCCGGUGGCCGAAUGGGUUGUAGCUCAUUUUCUUCUUCGUCUACCAAGUCAUCCAUUUCUUCUUCCUCGUCUUCCUCUACAACAUCGAAAUCGUCAUAUCCUUCUUCUUCUUCUUCUUCUUCAUCUUCCUCUUAUAAAAGCUCGAAAUCGUCAUCAUCUUCAACCCCGAAGUCUUCAUCAUAUUCAUCUUCGUCGUCUACUUCAUCUACAAAGCCUUCCUCAUCGUCUUCUUCUUCUUCUUCCUGGUCGUCUUCGUCUACAAAGCCAGAGACGUCUUCUUCUUCCUGGUCGUCUAAGAAUUCUUCUUCUUGGUCAUCUUCAUAUGAAAGCCCGAAGUCUUCGUCUUCAUAUGAAAACCCAAAAUCUUCAUCUUCGUAUGAAAUCCCGAAGUCUUGGUAUUCAUAUGAAAUCCCGAAGUCGUCACCUUCGUCUUCUUCUAAAAGGCCAAAUAAGUCAUCAUCUUCGUCUCCAAAUCCAGUCAAGGAUGGUGUAGAGCCAGCGGUUGUAGUUGAUCAAGCGGUUGCAGUUGAGCCAGCCGUUGGAGUUCAGCCAGCGGUUAGAGUUGAUCCAAUAAUUGCAGGCGCAAUGAUUUUUCUUGCUGUAGGUUUUGUGGCUGCAAUCUUACCACGACCUCUGCUUGCCCAGAAAACAAGUGUUCUGAAGCUUCAGGUUGGAUUGUCGGGUAAUAUUAGAUCAGUGCAAAAGGAUCUCAAUCGGAUUGCUGAGAAAGCUGAUACAUCCUGCCCUGAGGGCUUGAGCUAUAUAUUACAAGAGACAACACGAGUUCUACAACGAUAUCCUGAUUAUUGCAUCUCUGGUUAUUCCUCUGUGGAUGCAAAGAGGAGCAUCGUGGAUGUUGAGACACUAUUUAAUCAACUUUGUAUUGACGAAAGGAGUAAAUUUGAUGAGGAGACUCUGGUCAACGUGAACAACAUCAGAAAGCAAAGUGCAACAACUCAAAGACCUAAUGACUUCAAUGCCGAGUAUAUUGUGAUUACAAUCGUUGUUGCUGCUGGAGGCAUGCAUAAACUGCCGCCCAUAAACAGCAGUGCAAAAUUGAAGGAAGCAUUGCAAAACCUGGCAACUAUCCCUUCAAGCAGCGUUAAGGCUGUUGAGGUGUUAUGGACACCACAAGAUGAAAAUGACACUCUUACAAAACAAGAAUAUCUUGAAGAUUAUUCGUUGUUGCGCCCUCUGUAGGUAAUAAGCUGUUAUGAUGCUUUCAACAAUUAGUACAUGUUAUUUAUAGGCGAUGAGGAUAACUGUAUAUGCGAAUGUGUGAUUCCAAAUGUUUUAUUUUUAAACGGCAGGUCACCCCAAGAUUAAAGCAUGUGAGAUUCAAACACUGGACCUCUUCUUUAUUGAUUUGGGGUGUUUAAAUUCCAAGUUAUAUAAAUCUUUUGACGAGUUUUGCAUGAGUAUGGUAUUAUAUAGCAACAAGAAAAAGAUAUAAGCUUUUGUGGCUUCAGGUUUUUAGAAAAUUUCUUUUUUGGUACUUGAAUUUCAUUUUUUGAAGAAAUAUUUACCUUAAGAAGGCUAGACAUUUUAUUAAAGUUAGUGAUAGUUAGGUAAAUUUAUAUCUAUUCUCAAAAUUAGUUGUAAUUUGAACCAAUU